UUUUCUCCCUUUGAUUUGUAACCGCCACUGUAGCUGAUAGAAGUUCACUGUAGUCUAGCGGAUAGAUUUUAUUAUCUUUAACUAAACUUCACCUAGCAUGGAGGCAGUUGAAAACGUCAGAAUUGCAGACGAAGCUGAAAAUAUUGUUACCGAUGAAGAAAGUAAGAUCAUAGCUUUAGCCGAGGUUAAAUCGCCUACUUUCGGUUUCACUGAAAAAACUUGGAGAACUGACCUGUGUCUUGUUGUGGAAGGAACAAAGCUGUACGUCGCAAAGGUGAUUCUUUCACUUGCUUCGCCAGUAUUUGAUGCAAUGUUUCAAUCUGACUUCAAGGAAAAGUCUAGUGACAAGCUUGAAUUGCCUGGGAAGAAACUAACGGACGUUUUGGAAUUCCUUCGAUGUAUUUACCCGAACACAUGCGCCCAAAUCAAUCGCGACAACGCUAGGAAAAUUCUUCCCCUUUUAGAAGAGUACCAGGUCUUUCAACAUAAGUCUAGAUGUGAACUGGUUCUGUUAGAAACUGUCACUGAAGAAACGACGACGGAUGAAUUGUUACAGUUGUUGAAGGAAGCAUGUUUGUAUGAUCUUAAAGCUCUGCGUGCUAGAUGUAUAUUUCUAAUAUCAUCUAGACCAUGUGAUGCAUUGGACGAAAGCUAUUGUGAGUCGUUUCCAUCGGCAAGUGCAUUAAAUGAGAUAUUUGUUAAUGUUAAUACAACAAUGAAGAAAAAGAUAGAAGAGUUUGAACAAGUUGCUGAAGAACAUCUAUUGUUUAAGCAGUACAUGUCAUCAGAAAUACGUAAAAGAAAGAAGGAUUUGAAUUUAGAUCCUGAAAAGAAAUGGGAUGACAAGACCAUAGUUUUAAUUGAUGCUAUUCCAAAGAACAGGGAAGAAAGUAAGGGAGUCGAUAUUUCUAUUUGGGAGGUUCCACUGAAGAUAAGCAUAGUGAGAGAGAAUAGUAAGCUUUACUUAAAAGUCGAAAAAAUUUGUAAAAAUACAACCGACUUUGAUAUCAAUGUGAUCUGCAUACUAGUUAAUAGACAACCAAGUGGACAAAAUCAUGUGAGUGUGGACAGCGGAAGUUUUGGCUCAAGUGUACAAUAUCGAUCAUUUUCAAUUAUAGAAAUCUAUGGUAUUGAACAAGUUAGGAGGGGUUACGUUCUCGACAGAAAGAUUGGUAUUAUUGCACAGGUGUUAAUGUCAGAGCCUCACAAAUAGUAGAGGUAACCAUUGAAAAUUGCUCUGAUUUAUGUAUGUCAUGACUAUAAAGAAAGGUAUCUUUAAUUAUUGUAAGAAAUAUAAAUAGUGUUUACAAAUGAUUGUGAUAUCUUGACCAUGAAUCAAGUGUUGUGUACUGUAAAACACUGAAUUUAGAUUGUAUUUAUCAUUUACAAUUACAUAGAAACUGUUAUCUUAUUUACAUAUGAUAUCAUUAUAAUUUUGUUUGUUUUGUGUAUUGUUUACAAAGAAAAUCGGGACUAUCAAUUUGUGUGCAACUUUCUGAUUUUUCUUAAUUGACAAGUUUGUCAUGCAAAGAUGAUGGAAAUAUUGAAGGUGUUUGCUGCAUUACAAUAUGUAUGAAAUAAAAUACUUGUCAAAUUAAGCAAAAUUGUAUCUGAAAAUUAUAAAUGUCAAAUAUACGUGUGUACAUGUGAGUGUUUUUGCAUUCCCCCCUUUUUUCUAUGUACGUGUCCUUCAUUUUUGGUAUAAAUAAUUAAAUAUCGUCGAACGAACUAUCAGUAAACCCACUGUGUGUUGUGCUUUGACGUGGUAAUGUGACGGAGCAAAUAAAUAAGGUAACCCAGUGUGGGACCUAAAGAAAGGUACAUGAAGGUUCUUUUAAUGAAAAGUAGUCCUCGGUUGUUUAAACCAAAAUAUCUUUCAAAAAUGAAGGGAUAUACAAUGUACAUGUAAAAAAGAUCACUUCCAUUAUCAUUGACAUUGUUAUUGCUUUAUUGCACGAAGUC